AAUCCUAUCCUUAGGACGGGGGUCUUCGUGUUUUGGCAGGUGCCUGUCAAUCCAAUUGCUCACUUCCACCCGCUCCUUUACUCUCUGCCCCCUCAAGUGAAGAGGAAGUUUUAGGGGCGAUUCCACCAUUAGAGAGGGUCUGUGUGUAAGUGGUGGGUGUUGUCGGUUUUGUCCUCUGAUAAAAGACGAUAAGAUGAGGUCGAUGACUUUGGUGGAUCGACCAUGGGUUCGUGAUUUCAAUCAAUCAAGCUUAUUUGGGUCUGCGCUGGGAAUGAGCUAUGGCCCCAUUGGGGCCGGACCUGGUUGCACAUCAUCUGUGAGAGUGGGAACAAAGACGCCACAUUUGCAUGGUGCGGUUUUUGCGAUUAUCACAAAGGAGGACUCUGUGAAGGAGGGGAAGGGCCCCACCCAGAAGGAAACGCCCUUCAGUUUCAAGGAUUACAUGAUUCAGAAGGCCAGUUCGGUGCAUAAAGCCUUGGACGAGGCUGUUUACGUGAAAAGCCCUAUCAAAAUCUAUGAAGCAAUGCGCUACUCUCUCCUCGCCGGCGGCAAGCGUGUCCGGCCGGCUCUCUGUUUAGCCGCUUGCGAGCUCGUGGGCGGGGAUGAGUCCAACGCCAUGCCGGCGGCUUGUGCGGUCGAAAUGAUUCACACUAUGUCUCUGAUUCACGACGACCUCCCCUGUAUGGACAACGACGACCUCCGGCGAGGAAAGCCGACCAACCACAAAGUCUUCGGGGAAGACGUCGCCGUUCUGGCCGGUGAUUCUCUUCUGGCAUUCGCAUUCGAGCACAUUGCGACUGCCACAAGCGGGGUUCCGUCAUCCAGAAUUGUGGCAGCAGUGGGUGAAUUGGCGAAAUCCAUUGGAGCAGAGGGGCUAGUUGCAGGGCAGGUGGUGGAUAUAAGCAGUACAGGACAGUCCGAUGUGGGGCUAGACCAACUGGAGUUCAUACACAUACACAAGACCGCGGCAUUGCUGGAGGCAGCGGUGGUUCUUGGGGCCUUACUGGGAGGUGGGAGCGAUGAGGAGGUGGAGAAAUUGAGAAAGUAUGCGAGGCAGGUUGGGCUACUGUUUCAAGUGGUGGAUGACAUUCUUGAUGUCACCAAAUCAUCUCAGGAACUGGGGAAGACGGCAGGCAAGGAUUUGGUAACCGAUAAGGCAACCUACCCCAAACUAAUGGGGCUGGAGAAAUCAAGAGAAUUUGCAGAGAAUCUCAACAAGGAAGCAAAGGAACAGCUUUCUGGAUUUGAUUUGGAGAAGGCAGCGCCUUUGAUUGCGCUUGCUGAUUAUAUCGCUUACCGGCAAAAUUAACGGGCAGUCAUUUGUUUACAAGACCCUUACACUUGAAUAUUUAUAUGGCGUAGCAAUAGUGGGUGCUGGGCACCAAAUCCAUUGAAGCCUGAGACACAGGGCAGUCAAUUCGUUUCUCGCUCUGUGCCAGGAGAAUAGCAGGUGGGCCUCUUCUCUUUCCCUUUGCAUUAUAUAGAUAAUAAUAAUAAUAAUAUGUAAUCUUUCAUUGGCAUAGGAACUGGGUGUACCAAUUGCUUCAUAGAAAGAUGAAAAGUUCACAAAAUAAUAGCAUGUCCUGUGAUUUUGUUGAGUUCAAUUCUGUCAACAAACAGUUACAGUAUUGUUUAAACUCGAUCAUUUAGAGCCUCCGUUAUGCUAUGCCUUGCAAUUUUAUUGAUCUCA